AUGCAAAAUAAUUAAUAGGCAGCUACAGAGGAAUAAUCAAAAAAUUAAGAAGUUAAAUAAGAAACUAAACAAUGUCCAUUAUGCCAAACUUUCUUUGGAAGUGCAAAAACAAAUUUUUAUUGUUCAUAAUGUUAUAAGUAUGUUCGUUGAAUAUUGUAGAACUAUUUCAUAAAAAACUAAUGAAUAAUAACCCUAACAACAAUAACAAUAAUAAAUACCAGAGGAUAAAGCAUAAUCAAAUUAAUAAGUGAAUGUUCAGGUAUAAAAGUGAUUUAAAAUUAUCAGCAAGAUCCUUCAAAAUGUUAUGUAUGUAAGAGAAAGCUAGGGAUAUCAGGCAUUUAAUGCAAAUGCAAAAUCGUAUUUUGCAACAAACAUAGAUUACCUGAAGAUCAUAAUUGUACUUAUGAUCAUGCAGAAAAAGCAAGACAAUUACUUAUUAAAAAUAAUCCAUUAGUUGAUCACAAAAAACUUGAAGAAUUGUGA